GGUGCGGCCGGGCGGGCGGCACGCUGCCUUCAGGAAGUCCACCCGCUCGCUGUGUCGCGCCCGGGCUUGGCUGGCCGGCUCCUGCAGGGGCGCUGGUUCCCCACGCGGCAGGGGGUGGGGGCCAGGCGGGUGGUCGGGCUGUGAAGUGGGGGGCUCGGGAUCGGACCCCCAGCAAUAUUCCCUUCUAGUCACUGUAGGGCGAGGGCAGGCGUCCUAGUGACCACCCCAGUGCACCACUGCCUGGCUGGUCUGGAUAGACAUGAAGCCAAGGAAACGUAGCUCCCGUCUGUCCGUUUUAGUAAUCAGCCUGGCAGCAUUCUAAUAUUGAACUCGGUUUUUUUAAAUGUUAAGCAGUAAAACCCCUGUUUAAAGUAACUAGCUCUUAUAAAACAAAAAGUUCCUGUACCAGAAAUCCGAGCUAGUUCUUGUAAUAAAUUGACUUCCUCAGUUUGAACCUUCUGUCGGGAAGCAUCAGCAAAGGCUGUUUGUUUGAUUAAAUUAAACUCUCUUAUUAAACUUUCUUAUUUUUUAGUCUGUUACAAUUUGACAGGAUUGGCUUUGCCAGUAAUCCCUGAUAUCCAGAAUGUUUCGAGAGGAACAGUGACCUAUGGUAUUAGUAAAACAUCGACUUCAUUCAUUCAGUGGAGUGCUGAAAGAGUGACAGAUUUCGAAUCGCUCUGAAAUUUGUGUGUAUGUAUUAUAACGUUAAGUAUUUAGUCAAGGUUUGUAUAUAUAUAUAGCUGAAUGUUGUUCUGUUCCUUUGGAAUCCACCCAGGUGUUGUCUAACCCAAACAUCUUCACAUUUAUUAUCAACUUUAUGUGAAAUAUUUUUAGCAAAUGUUUCAUGAAACAUUCUUGAAAAAAGCAUAGUAUUCCUAAAUGAUCUCAUUAUUGACUAAUAUGUAUUUUCAUUCUACAAAUACUAGAGGCUUGAAUUCAAUUGAACCUACUCUUUCUUUUCCAUGUGUUCUGGUGAGAGCUUCAGAGUCUAAGAGACAUUUUUAGCUUAGAUGGUAUUUUUCUACUAGUGAGCAGACUUUCCCUUUUGAUUUUUGAAAUACCUUGCUUCCUGCCUGCUCUCUGCUUUUCACAGCAAAGAAGCACUCCUAAUAAGUUAGGAGAUUAAAUUGCAGACUUUGCUGUUUUGAUUGGGAGUUGCUAAGUGCAGAUCUACAAAAGCUAUCCUUUACAAUGGGGAGGAGAGAAUGAGGCAGAGACCUUGAGAUCAGCCAAUCAAAAUAAACUGAACUUCAGAUCUUAUUCACUUGUAUAACUGUCUGUUUACUCACCACUCAUUAUCUGACCAUAUCACUUCUCUUUAAAACAACAUUUUUUGACAAAAAGUUAAAAUACUACUUUGCUGAUUAAUAAGUCACUGCUGCGGUUGAUUUCAGAUGCUUCCUGUCUGCUUCAUCUUAAUAUCAGUUAAACUGGAAACAUACAUGCGCUACCAUGCACAAAUUGAAAGUGGCAGCAUGAAAUUGGUGUCCAUAAACAACUUGCAAGUUGCUUUUUAAACCGGAUUUCUGAGCCCUCGUACAAGUGAUAUUUCCUCUUUGUCUAUGCACAGUAUAUUCUUGUCUGUGGAAGGAAAAGUGUAGUGCAAGAGGUGGGGAACCCUUCUCUAGAAGGAUAGCAAGUCAUUUAACCCACGCUGCUUUCAGUUAUCAAACACCAAGUCUCUGCACAAAGCCUACAUUUAACUCCAUCAGUGUCUUUGUGAACCUAUGAAAUGGCUGUAAUGGAAAUUGCAUGCCAAGGAGCUCCUGACCCUACCAUCGGGCACCAAAAGGAGCUUUCUGCUACUAAAGGGCUGAGUGAAACAGUGAGUGAGAAGCAGAGCAGUGUUUGCAAAGUAGAAGAUUCAGAGAAAGUUGCCUUCCACAGUCAAUGGAAGAUCCUGAAAGAUGUGAUCACCAAAGGAACAGCAAAAGAAGAGACAGAAGGGGGUUCUGCAUCCAUUUCCAUCAUCGCCCAGGCUGAAUGUGAGAACAGCCAGGAGUUCAGCCCCACCUUUUCAGAGAGGCCUUUCAUAGCUGAUAGUAAACGUUACAGCCGGUCAGACAGUCUUGAUCAAAUCCCGAACAAUGUGGCCCAUGCUACCGAAGGGAAAAUGGCACCAGCCUGCUGGAGGGCAAGGCAUCGCGGGAAAGGCAGGAAGAAACGUCGCAAGAAAAGAUCCAGGGUCAGAAUACAAACACUGGUCUCUGCUAAGCAAGGGCCCAGAACUCCGGAACAGGAAAGUUGUACACCGAUCCCAGUCCAGGAGGAUGAAACUCACCAAAACGCUCUCUUCAGUAACAGCUCCUGUUUUUCAGAACCUUGCAAGGACUCAAUUUGUGAUCAGAUACCAUUUGAGAAACCUAGAAAAGUUCUGCUCAUAGGCAAACUCCAUUCGCUAAGGAACCUGCACAGACCAGAACUGCACAAGUUGAUAAGCCCAGUACAGUGCCUGAACCAUGUUUGGAAGCUACACUGUCAGGGUGAUUUUGUGCCUCAGCCAGAGACUCUCCAUCCCUUCCCUUACAGUCCUCUUUGUGCCAUGAAACAUAAUCCUCGGGAGAUUAAUCUCCUUGAUGAUCGGGCCUGUGUGAAUGGUGAGCGUUGCUUUUCUGGCCUAAGCUUAGAAUGCAGCUUACCAAAAUGUGUCAGCCAGUCCCUGGAAACCAACUUGGACAAACUUUCUGUGGAAGAAUAUUUGGUGGAUGCUCUUAAGGGGAGCGUGAGUCUCGGUGAGCCGCAGAACUUAGCCAGCCUGGCCAAGACGUGGAGAGGAGGCGGUCUGGAUUUGAAGGAGCAGUUUCAAGAGACAGAUGACAAUGAGGGGGUGCUGCUUACUGAGAAACUAAAGCCGGUGGACUAUGAAUACCGAGAAGAGGUUCACUGGACCAAGUGCCAGGACUCUCUGGGUGUUGGCUCUUUUGGGGAAGUGUACAAAAUAGAGGACAAACAGACGGGAUUUCAGUGUGCUGCCAAAAAGGUGCAAGUCGAACACUUUCGUGCAGAGGAGUUGACGACAUGUGCUGGAGUAACAAGUCCCAAAGUUGUCCCUUUGUAUGGAGCUGUGAAGGAAGGUCCUUGGGUUACUAUCUUCAUGGAGCUAAUGGAGGGUGGCUCACUAGGCCAGCUGAUUAAACAAAGUGGCUACUUGCCAGAGGAUAGAGCCCUCAGUUACCUGGGUCAAGCAUUAGAGGGUCUGGAGUAUCUUCAUGCUCACCACAUUCUGCAUGGAGAUGUCAAAGCGGACAACGUGCUCUUAUCCAGUGAUGGAAGCCGGGCUGUUCUCUGCGACUUUGGCCACUCUGCUCGCCUUCAUCCCGAUGGCUUGGGGAAGUGCUUGGUGACAGGGUGCUACAUGCCUGGCACAGAGACUCACAUGGCUCCAGAGGUAGUAAUGGGAAAACGCUGUGACUCAAAGGUGGAUGUCUGGAGCAGCUGCUGCAUGAUGCUGCACAUGCUUAAUGGGUGUCAUCCUUGGACCCGGUAUUACAACCACCCUCUUUGCUUAAAGAUAGUCAAGGAGCCACCUCCUUUGAGGGAAAUCCCACCUUCCUGUAACCGUUCCACUGUCGAGAUCAUUAAAGCAGGGCUAGAGAAGGAGCCACUUAAAAGAGCUUCUGCGGCUGAGUUGAAGACUAAGGCUGACAUAGCUUUGCAGGAGGUGGGAGAUGUGAAGAACCCCUGGAGAGAAUACAGAGAACCUAGAUGCUUAUCUUUGGAUGAAAAAAACAAUCUGCACACCUCCCUGUCCCCAACAGUCAGCCUGAUUUCUGAGACUUUGGCUAGCCCUGGGUCAGCUCCUUGCCUAUCCCAAAGCUUGCAGCCACCAUCUCUGGAGCUGACCGAGAAGACUGGGGUAACCCCUUGGAAUCUGUGCAAGGAGUUACCUAGGAUCUGCGAUCCACUUUCCCUCUCCUCCCUGGCUCCUGUCCCCACCAAGAGCAGCAGCUCCUCAGAACGGGCAACAACUAUCUCGGAACAGGAGCUUCAGCAGCUGGAAAUAGAGUUGUUUUUGAACAGUCUGUCACAGCCGUACUCUCUGGAGGAGCAGGAGCAAAUGCUCUCGUGUCUCAGCAUUGACAGCCCACUCAUGUCUGAUGCCAGCGAGAAGAACUCUCUGAAGGCCUCUCCGAGCCUGAGGGACACCAUGAGCUCCGGGGUUCACUCCUGGAACAGCCAGACCGAUGGACAGAGCUUCAGCUGGAACAACCUGCUGUAUCGCAGUCGGCACACGGACACCCCCAGCUAUUUCAACGGAGUGAAAAUCCAGAUCCAGUUGCUAAGUGGAGAAAAUCUUCAUAUCCGAGAGUUCCACAGGACCAAGGUGGGAGACAUUGCUACUGGGAUAAGCAGCCAGAUACCAGCCUCUGCUUUCAGCCUUGUUACAAAGGAAGGUCAACCUGUUCGCUAUGACAUGGAGGUUCCGGACUCGGGGAUAGAGCUGCAGUGCACCCUUGCUCCUGACUGCAGUUUCGGUUGGACCUGGAGAGUCAAGCAUGGUCAGCUGGAGAAUAGACCAUGAGGCUCUUGGUCUUGGAGGUCACUUCCUUAUGUUGAAGCAUGGAAUUACAGAAGCCCACAACCAGCUUUGCCUGAUAAGCAUCAAAUGUAGCUAUUGCUGUUUCCUACUGAACUAGGAUUCAGGGUUCAGCUACUCCCUGCUUUAGUGCAUCAACUCCUUGCUGCUUGGUCUGGAUUCAGUCUCUAGACAGGCACUGUCCUCGUAGGGCGCCCUCUAGAGCGAGGGCUGUGUACAUGCUGCGAAUGAAUGCAGCAAUGAGGAACUUCUGCAGAGAGGAACAGGACUGUACUACUGUGCAUCAGCACUUUCCAGGAGAAUGCUGGGGAGCGGGCUGGACUCACCAAUUGCUCAGAACUCCAACAUGAAGUCAGAUGUUGAACUCGCUAGAGGAAGGAAGCUAGGGAUCUUGAGUGUAGUAAGAUGGUGGAUGAGGAGGUGGCAAACUUCUUUCAUGGUGGAGGAAAAAUUCUGUUUCUGUAAGUUUUGAAUAGCAUCACUGCCUUUAAGACUAGAGCAGUGGAGGAAAAUAGAAGCUGUAACUGGCUGGGUUUCAGGGUUAUAAUCAAAUCAUUGUAUUCGGUUUCCCUUCCCAGCAGCACUCUGUUUUUUGAGGUUGCGGAUUCUAAUCAGAAAAGGAUUAGGGCCACUCUCCAGAAAGGGUUUUCCGUUCACCUCUGAUUUCAGCAUCCCUUCUGUAGUUCUGGUCCACAGAGACCUUGCAUUAUCCCACUCUUUCAUUAUUGUAAGCAAUGUAUAUCAAGUAAGGGAAUACAUGGUCUGGAGGCUUGAGAGUUGACUCCUGGGUUCUGUUGCCAGCUUUGCCAUUGAUGUGCUGUGCCUUGACUAACCUUUUUGAGAGUCAGUUUGUCCAUAUGCUGGAUAGAAUACAGAUGGGAGGAAUGGCAGCUAGAUUUAACCCCUAUGGAGCAUAUCAAGGUCUAUGAAUGACAGGUACUAUGUAAGUCCUC